GCUAGGUUCUCAAAACAAUACAACCACAUUUCUUGACAAAACGCGAUACUUGUUUCUUCUCCUCUGUAAAACAAUGUAAGUUUACUAAACGAGUGGAAUCGUUUUAGCAGAAUACUAGCAGAAGUUACUGUACAUGUUUACUUAGGUUAAUGUUUUAGGAAUUUAGUAAUAUUGACCGAUAGCAUAAAGACCGUGUAAAAUGGUUCAAGUUUUAAUGUCACCUAUUACAAUUGUAAAAUGCAUUUUCAGACAUAUAUUUGUAGGCUAGAUCUGUACUUGGACCUCAAACCUCCUUACCUUAAGAAAUAUGUUAGUUGGAAAUAUAUGGUUUUAAACUAUUUAUAGGUUGCUCUAUAUAAUGAACAGUACAAUAACUACAAUAAAUUUCACUUUACUUUCCUUUAAAAUUGUUUAUUAUACGAUUUUUUUGAGAUCACGAAUACACUUGAAUGCUAUAAAGCCGAGAACAAUAAUAUCUCAAGUGGGGUUAAUGAAUGUUGACUUACUUUCACCUUUCAGAUACUUCAAAAUGGCUGCCUUUAUCUAUCUCGGAAAUGUUUUCCUGUAUUUUUUAACACUAGUUCCUAAAGGUGAGAAGUAUACUUUUGUAGAUCAGUGUGAUACGGGACUAAAUCUUCUAGAUGCGACUGACUCUCACAACUCCCAAAUAAGCUUUACGUUAAAUACUUUAUUACAGAGUGACUUACUCUUGACUUUCACUUCACAGUUCUUCUAUGGCCCUUCACAACUUCUUUAACAACUUGUCUCAACAAUGUCUUCUUCAACUGAACCUUGUUCUUAUGCAGUUCACUUUCUUUCUCUCUAAAAUCUACUCCGUCGCAUCUCGCUAUUUAUUUGUUUGGUUGUUAACCAUAUGUUUACGUUGAUAAUAUAUUAUUAACAUAUAUUACCUUGUUACGCCAAAAUCCUUUAAAAAGCCUUUCUUCGGUUCUGAAGGAGAAUAACCAGUAAAGGAAACAAACUAAGCAAGUUCAGUAAAAGGAACACACUUUUACGCAGUGUCUUGUAAGAGUGACUUAUAAGAGUCCGCUUGGAUUUGGAGAAAAUCGACAAAAUCAAUUUUCUUCGUCGGCGACUUGAAAACAACCAAAAUUUGCAGCAAAAUGAGGCGGUCUCAAAACUUCGCUCGCACGCAAAAAGGAAGAAAGUGUGGUAAAGUAUCCCCCGAUAAAUCAAUUUAUAAAGGGUUUUAGCCCUAGUAUGGCGGUUAAUUCUUAUCUUAACGGUAAUGUGGAAGGUAAACAAUUUUAUUUUAGUUUUGGUUCUUUUUCCAGUGAACGAAGUUUAAAUUUAGGCUUAUUAAGUCGCGAUUUAAUUUUUAGGCAUGUGCUACACAUUGGCUAUAACUUAGUUAAACAUUGUGCUAAAACAUAUGUAAAAACUGGCCUGGGUAAUUUAAUUUGCGCUCCAGACGAACCUUCUGAACUUGAACAAAUUUUGAGAGAAAUAUGACACAUCUGCAAAAUUCAACAACGCCUUGCUGUUGCCGAAACGGAUCAUUGGCGUUUCCUGAGAAGAAAUCUGAUGUACUUCUAUAGUACGACUUGCUAUUAAACAUGCAAUUGGAAUUAUCUUACCUUUAUAGUAUGGAGCACUUUUUUCACUUUUUCGACACUCAAGCUCCAAACUCUGCCGGCGCUAACACAUUUUGUAAUUUGAACUAAGACAACUAAGUUAACGACGACGACGUCUGUUGCCUGGGAAAAGACUGGAACGAGAACGUCAGUUUCGGCGGGAAAAAAUUAUUCGGGAAAAAGGAAACUUAAGAUGCAGUGGGUCGGUAGGUCGACGAUGACGACACUGAAUGUAAACAGAAAUGUAAAACUGUGAUGUUUGUUCGCAUCUUUUAAAACAAUGCAAGAUCUUAUUUUUUAAGCCGUACGUCUAAUGUCAUUAGGGAACUUAAGAACCACGACGGUGUUCACGACGACGUCUGUUGACUGGGAAAAGACUGGAACGAGAACGUCAGUUUCGGCGGGAAAAAGGAAACUUAAGAGGCAGUCUCCCUAAAAGCGGUCCACUCGAUUUCGCGACAAAAAAUACUUUUGCUUUAUUUUUUGUCGGUGAAGAGGCUUUAGUAGGUGUAUACUAAAAUCGCUAUUUUUGUUUUCAAAUUCUUAUUCUUAGCUCUGCUACAAGCCAAAAACGAAUUGAGUCCGUCUCGGCUUCUCAGAGAGUGUUUCGAAGACUAAAAUUAAUGGAUUUUGAAAAGCGCGUUGCAAACAACCGAAUGCCCGCACAAAAAAUCUGUUCAAUUCAGUUUUUUUAGUUAACCUUCGAUAGUUCACAGGCUAAAUAAAAAUAUCUUUGAUCAAAACGUGUUCAAGUUACAGUGGUUCAAGGAAUACCUAUUUUGCAGGCUUGAUCGAAACCUUGAAAGUAAGGAAGAUUUGAGGCAAAAUAUCUCAAAAGUUGCGGCCUAAAUCUGGUUCAAAAAUCAUAUCAAAGUAAAGUUUUAAGCUUAUUUUUUUGGUUUAUAGGCUCAGACUUGCGGGUAUCUUCUGGGAUUGCAACCAACAGUAGAUUAUAAUCUGCCAUUUUGGGUAUUUGCAUAAUUACAGGCCGUGUCAGAUGUCAUUGUACAGGUUAAAAGUUCCAUAAAAUUGCCUCUUUUGACACUUGAAUUCGUCUCCGGCCUCUAAAAGAAAGUAACUAAGCUUCUUUAAGUACUUUUGAAUCGAAAGAGAUAUACUAACAGGGAUGGUCAUGCAUGUUACUGAUUAACACGAUCAACUGGCGGGCGCCAUCGUCUUGUAACUACAAGCACUGAACAGUAAACAAUGUUUUUAAUAGAAUUCUCUAGAUCAGAAGUUGAUCCAAGCCGUCUAAGUAAUAAAAAUAAAUAUCACUAUCCCGGGAUACAAAACAUGCUCAAGAAAGGCAACCUAGAAUUUUAAGUUCUUUCCGCAAUUUCAGAGUGAAUUUCACCUCGGUGCAUAUAAAAGUUCAUAAAUUAUUGUAAUAAUCAGGCUGUUUAAAAACGUUUGACGCACAACAAAAACAAUUAGUCAUUUACCGUUUUAUCUGUUCUCGGUAAAUAAGACGCUUACCUUUACUUUAGAUUCUUGAUGGAAGAAGUCUAUCCAGGCAGCUGAAGUUAGGCAGUUUCGUUUCAAAAUCAAAUCAUAGCGUGAUAGUGUCACGUAAUGUUACGGUCACGUGGCUACGUAACCCGUCGGUGGCCAAAAUCUUUGUGAUAAACGAAAUUUCUGUUUCUCUCCAGAAAAAAAAAAGUCCUAAUUGAAUGAGUUUUUCCUCCUUAAAUUGCACAAAAUGCGUAUCACACCAAGAAAUUUGUAUUGGUAAUGAAUCAUUUUCUACGGCAUGGUACCACUGGCCUUAUUAAUCCUCGCCCAGGCGUUUUUUUUUUAUCGCGCGACCCGAUGAGGAUGGCAGGCAACCUCUCCCUUGGAAUCACUUUUUGACUCCCCCCAACUCCCGGUCAAUCGAAAGUUCAAAUCGAUCACACAGCAAAAUACACCUUGCAGGCUAUAUUAAUCCCUUCCUUUAAAACGUUUUCAAGAAUCACGUUAGUAUGCCAACGAGGUGUAAGGUUGGCUUUAGGUGCAUUUUUUGAACCUUCUUUUAUCCGUUCAUUUCAAACCAGUUUCUUGUAUUGACUAUUUUGGCCUCUUAUAUGGUACAAUUCUAACAUUCACGUACAGUAUAAAGGAUUAGAGAGGUGACCUACCAACCCUUUUGCCCCAACCUGCCAGGUCGCUAAUUGUAAUUGUUGCACAUGUGAAUUCAUUUCUCGGGCUUGGCAAAGCAUAAUUUUUAGAGCAAAAUUUGAUUCCUGUUUUUCAAGUUUGUUGCUUGAAGAAGUGAAAUCGCAUGUGCAACAAUUGAGAUUAGGAACCUGGUGGGGUGGCCUGUGCUACCUGGUCUCUAAUCCCUUAUGCUGUCAACUUAGAAUGUCCCAUAUAAGAGGCCAAAAUAGUUAGUACGACAAAAACGUUUCCAAAGAACGGAUGUAAUAGUCUUUAAAAAUGCACCUACAGGGAGUCUUGUAGAUUCCAUGUAGAGUAUUUUAAUGUGACGUCUCGUUGACAUCCGGGUUACGUGAUUUUGACGUUCUAAAGGAGAUAGGUCUGGCCGGGGGUUUUGGGUUUUCAGGUAUCUGGGCUCAAUUUUGUUCAGGUUUACGGAAUUUUAGUGCCAAAUAAAAUAAAUAGAUAAAUGAUCUUUAAUCACCGGUUGACAAGGUCCAGACUCAAAACAGUUCGUUCGCACAAGGUUCGAGGGGGGGGGGGGGGAGUUGCCCAGGAAAUUGGUGCAAUGGACCUUGCGGCUAUCUGCGUCGCUGUCUUACGUUACGUCCUAGAGUACAAUGUUGCGUGGCUUGAUAUAACGCCCUUCCUGCCCAUCUGCCUAGUACAAUAGAGCGGGUCCAAAUGCGAGCUUUAAGGAUAAUAUACCUUCGGAAGCUUUACAGUUUCCUAGAGUCGUUAGAGUUGAGGACAGGCGCAGUGGGCUCUGUAUGAGCAUUAUAAACAAAGGCAGGACCUUGUCAGAACACAUAGCCUGCGUAGCACGCCCUUGAAGGUAGUGGGUGCAAAAAAGAACGGGCGCGCAAGAGAGACACGCGGAGACACCCGUUCUUUCUUGCGUCCACUACUUUCAAGGGCCUGCUACGCAGGCUAAGAACACUAUAGAAAUGGCGUCUCUCGGGGAGCAUGCCGCCUUACCCCGCCCGUAGCGGCUCGCUCCUUGUCUUUGGACGCUGAUACUAGAUUCUGGGAUAAAUAAAAAAGCCGGGUUGGACGGUCUGUCUUAGUCCUGAAAUACCUUAUUUAGGUAUAUAGUAUUCUUUUUCAAGGUAAUUUCAGGCAUUCGGUAUCAAACGUUUUACAAAUCUUUAGCUAUAUUGGUAUCUUAUGAGGACAAAAGCGGGUAUAUUGGUAUCCGACCGUCCCCCACCCUCACCCCUCCUAUGCGGGCCGGGCCUAAAAAAAAAAUGGAAGGGCGGAGUCCAUGCCGUGAAAAUAAUGAUUCAUUACCAAUACAAAUUUCUUGGUGUGAUAUGCAUUUUGUGCAACUUAAAGACUCAUUCAAUUAGGACUUUUUUUUUUUCGGGAGAGAAGCAGAAAUUUCGUUUAUCACAAAGACUUUGGAGCACGAGGGGUUACGUAGCCACGUGACCAUAACAUUACGUGACACUAUCACGCUAUGAUUUGAUUUUGAAACGAAACUGCCUAACUUCAGCUGCCUGGAUAGACUUCUUCCAUCAAGAAUCUAAAGUAAAGGUAAGCGUCUUAUUUACCGAGAACAGAUAAAACGGUAAAUGACUAAUUGUUUUUGUUGUGCGUCAAACGUUUUUAAACAGCCUGAUUAUUACAAUAAUUUAUGAACUUUUAUGUGCACCGCGGUGAAAUUCACUCUGAAAUUGCGGAAAGAACUUAAAAUUCUAGGUUGCCUUUCUUGUGCAUGUUUUGUAUCCCGGGGUAGUGAGAUUUAGUUUCAUUCCUUAGAGAGCUUGGAUCAACUUCUGAUCUAGAGAAUUCUAUUAAAAACAUUGUUUACUGUUCAGUGCAGGUAGUUACAAGACGAUGGCGCCCGCCAGUUGAUCGUGGUAAUCAGUAACAUGCAUGACCAUCCCUGUUAGUAUAUCUCAUUCGAUUCAAAAGUACUUAAAGAAGCUUAAUUACUUUCUUUUAGAGGCCGGAGACGAAUUCAAGUGUCAAAAGAGGCAAUUUUAUGGAACUUUUAACCUGUACAAUCAUGACAUCUGACACGGCCUGUAAUUAUGCAAAUACCCAAAAUGGCAGAUUAUAAUCUACUGUUGGUUGCAAUCCCAGAAGAUACCCGCAAGUCCGAGCCUAUAAACCAAAAAAAUAAGCUUAAAACUUUACUUUGAUAUGAUUUUUGAACCAGAUUUAGGCCGCAACUUUUGAGAUAUUUUGCCUCAAAUCUUCCUUACUUUCAAGGUUUCGAUCAAGCCUGCAAAAUAGGUAUUCUUUGAACCACUGUAACUUGAACACGUUUUGAUCAAAGAUAUUUUUAUUUCGCCUGUGAACUAUCGAAGGUUAACUAAAAAAACUGAAUUGAACAGAUUUUUUGUGCGGGCAUUCGGUUGUUUGCAACGCGCUUUUCAAAAUCCAUCAAUUUUAGUCUUCGAAACACUCUCUGAGAAGCCGACACGGACUCAAUUCGUUUUUGGCUUGUAGCAGAGCUAAGAAUAAGAAUUUGAAAACAAAAAUAGCGAUUUUAGUAUACACCUACUAAAGCCUCUUCACCGACAAAAAAUAAAGCAAAAGUAUUUUUUGUCGCGAAAUCGAGUGGACCGCUUUUAGGGAGACUGCCUCUUAAGGUGCAGUCGGUCGGUAGGUCCACGACGACGACACUGAAUGUAAACACAAAUGUAAACUGUGAUGUUCGUUCGCAGCGAAGUCUUUCGCAAUGGCGUCUUUUAAAACAACACAAGAUCUUAUUUUUUAAGCCGUGCGCCUAAUUUCAUGGACGAUGGAGAAUUUUUGGAGUUGUCUGACCUUUACGAGUGGAAAAACACCUGCUUUCCGAACAAAGAUUAUUCAACUUUCGACUGUCAUGAGAUGACCGAGUCCGAGUGUAUACCUGCCAACUCUCACGCCUGCGGGUUGAAAACUUCGAUCUCACGCCCGCUCACGCCUGCGGACCAAUUUCUCACGCCUGAUUGAAAAAUGUGUUGUUGCCGUCUUGCUUGACACAAUUUCCAAAAAUAUGUUAACUCAGACCCAUGUAAGGAACGAAAGCCAUGUGUAAAAUGAAUAAAUGACAAUACCUUCCUCGCGAUCUCUGAUUUUGUGGAUAAGCGUUUUCUCGAUAACUUCGCCUUCGGCAGACUUCGGACGUCUUCGGCAGACUUCGGACUUCUUCGGGAAUCUUUGGAAAUGAUCGUGUCGUUUUCAAAAAUCCCAGCACUCCCAGGAUAAAAAUCUCACGCCUACAUCUUAGAAAAAGUUGGCAGGUAUACGAGUGCCUGUCAGAGUUUAGACUUGGAAAAAGCGACAUUCUGAUGUGAUACCUGUUUUCCAUAUAAAGUUUAUUUCCUCUAUAUUAAAGAUACAUGAUUUGUCUUACCAAAAUACGUACAAAUAAAUUUAUCACUUACGAGUUCGCUCGCUCGGCCUCCACGGCUGUUGUCAUUCCUCGAAGCGGUAAAAACAAUUCAUUAGUCGAAUUUUCAAUCAACAUCGCUUGCUAGGGGAAAAAAGGAACGAUACCUUGAUUCACGAGGAUAAGAAAAUGCAAAGGACUUCAAAAAUCGCUUAAAACAGUGGAUUUAUACCUGCCAAGGCUUGUGGAUUGCAGGACGAUGUGAUUCUACUUUGUUUGGCGACGUCGACGAGACCACGACGACGAAAUUUACUGGUCGCGCUUGCGCAGUAUUCCGUAACUCACUUCCGGUCGUCGUCGACAAAGUCGUCGUCGUGGUUGUUAUAGCCUGGUUUCCAUAUGAUCGUCCGGAUCAUCCCGAUCGUCCCAGUCGUGUCAAAAAAUGUUCAGACGAUCGGGACGAAACGCGACUCAGACGAUCGCAAACGACCCGGACGACUGAGACGACCUUGAUCGCUUGGAUAGAGUUGAGUUCUAUCCGGACGAUUAGGACGAUCGUGUAAAUUUUGAAGCGAUCAUAUGGAAACGCUCUCAGACGACUGAGACGAUUGGGAUGAUCGAAGGUUAUCCCAGAAGUCAUCACUUUUAUUCCAGUAAUCGAGAAUAAAUUCGGCCCGGAUAGCGCUGAAGCCGAAAAAAUAAUACACAAAUGUUUGCAGCGCGUAUGGGGGUUAUUUGAAAUUAUAGAAAGUCCGUGACAUCAAGUUUUCGAAGAGAUACUAUGUCUUCGGGGAACUCUUCAAGCUUCUCAGUGCUGCAAAUCAAGAGAAAAAGCAGAUACCAAGGUACGAGGUUCGCUUUACGAAUAAAGAUCAUCCAUUUAUGUGGCUUGUUUGCAAUAUACGCGCAAAAAUUCUAUUGUCUGACCCAGAAACAUCGCUGACGACACCGCGUCUCUUGCCUUUGAGGCGAUCGAGACGAUCAUAUGGAAACUAUCAAUCGCCCCAGUCGUCCGGAUCGUCUCGAAAUAUUUUGAAACGACUGGGGCGAUCAGGACGAUCCGGACGAUCAUAUGGAAACCAGGCUUAAGUUCCCUAUUAACGAUGAAGAAUUUUUUGUGUUGUCUGACAUUUUCGAGUGGAAAAACACCUGCUUUCCGUACGAAGAUUAUUCAACUUUCAACCUGAAUGAGAUGACCGAGUCCGAGUAUCUGUCAGUGUUUAGAUUUGGAAAAAGAGACAUUCUGAUGUGAUAGCUAUUUUCCAAAUAAAGUUUAUUUCCUCUAUAUUAAAGAUACAUGAUUUGCCUUACCUAAAUACGUACAAAUAAGUUUAUCACUUACGAGUUCGCUCGCUAGGCCUCCACAGCUGUUGUCAUUCUUCGAAGUAAAAACAAUUCAUCAGUCGAAUUUUCAAUCAACAUCGCUUGUUAGGUACCCUGGGUGCCAGAGACUUUUCUAGCGUCCUGUGGUGUGCAAAAAAAGAGUCGUAUGCGGGUCCUCAUGAGGACUUCAAAAACCGCUUAAAACAGUGGAUUUAUACUUGCCGAAGCUUGUGGAUUGCAGGACGAUGUGAUUCUACUUUGUUUGGCGUCGUCGACGACACCACGAGGACGAAAUUUACUGGUCGCGCUUGCGCAGUACACUGUAACUCACUUCCGGUCGUCGUCGACAAAGUCGUCGUCGCGGUAUCUUUUUAAGUUUCCUAUAAAUGUCUCUCAAACUGCAUGAGAGUUAUGAUCUCAAUUCUUAAGGUGUUUGAACAAAAUCACAUUUUCGGCGAUUUUAAAGAUGCUCUUACCAUUUAAUAGAAUCAGUUACGACAUACAGCGAGUCACAAUGUGCAAAACGGGCUGAGAAGACAAGGAGUGGUGUUGCGUCACAGCGAACACCAUCCUUCGAAUUGAGAAAGCAUAAACAGAAACAAAAAAUAUACUGAAAGAUAAUUGCGGAAUGUUUACGAAAACUGUUAUCCAAAACAAUGGAAGAUGCAUAUGAGAGAGGAAAGACAGCCGCCUGAUAGGUAAUAACGCGGUGAAAUAGCUAGAGAUUGAAGUCUGAAGUCAAUCAAUUCAAAUACAAGGUAAGGGGGGAAGUUGACGUGAAAAACGAUAUUUUUGGACUUAUUUAGUAACUUUAAGAAAAAGAAAAAAAUGCUAGUAGCAUAAUAUGCUACUUUUGGCAGGACCAUUAAAGAAACGCAUCGCUCAGACGUUUAGAUUGGGAAGCCUCUGAAUCCUGUCACACAACACUUUUGACCAGACUUUUAUGACCAAAGGCAUAUCGGUAGCCCGAAAGUUUCACUGUCAAAAUCGCAGUUUUUGAGACCUCGAAUUUUAAAAUGGCAAUGGAUGUAAAAGUUUGAUCGCGGAAGAGAAAGGCCAGCAAUACCAAGAAAUGCUCUGUAUGAGGUUAUUUUCACGCACCACGUUUCCUCGAGUUUUUGGAUCAUCGGUUGAUUAGCUUGGGACACAGCGCUAUACCAAUCUGAACGAGAACGGGAAAACGCAUUGAGGUAACAAAAAUUAUUGUUCCAGUACAAAUGUCUUUAAUACAAGUGCGAUUGUGAGUUAAUUUUCUUUUGGAGAGCCCAGCCAUCGUGGCUUGUCGAGUAACAACCAACCGACGUUCUGGAAAAGUCUCAUUUCAAGCAAAAUUUAUUCAACUUCAGAGGGUUCGUGAGAAGUACAAAUUUAAUUACCCAGGCCAAUUCUUACAUAUGUUUUAGCACAAUGCUUAAAUAACUUAUGACUUAAGUUUCAGCACCAAGGUGUGGCACAUGCCUAAAAUAUAAAACGCAAAUUUCAGCCUAAAUUUAAAUUUCGUUUAGUUGAAAACAAUCCAAACUAGAAUCGCAUAAUUGAGUAAAAUCUCGCAUUCUGAUUGGUUAACGAAACGAGGUAUUUAGUGUGGAAUUGCGAGUUGAAAACGAGGCUAACGGAUAUUGUUUCGCAUCUACGUAACAACUAUCGUUAAAUUCUAACACAACAACUGCAAAAAAGGUUUUCUACAAUGUUAUUUGCAAAUGUUUUUUAAAACCAUUGUCACCUUUUGAAGAGUUAAAAGCAAACAAAAGCGUUUUUUAAAGUGAGCCGGAGGUUCUUCCUUGUUUUGAACCGAACUACAAAUUCUCGGAGAGGCAUAAAAAACCUCUUUCGCUCGCGACAACGAGAAAACAAGAAAAUCCUGUGAACACGGCCCAGAAAAUGGCAAGCCAAAGUUCAACCAAACAAAACGGAGAAGCGACAACGGAGGAAAUGCCAGGGUCGAUUGUCACAUAUACAGAAGAAGAAAUAAAUACUUUCAAAGACAACAUGGCCUCUGAAAACACGAAAAAGAGUACGGCGCUUGCAAUCGUCCUGAAUCGUGGUACUGAGAAAAGUACAAAACAGAGCUGAACUUGAACAGCAUUUCUAAAACGUUAACAUUUCAAGGUACUUACCUUAUAUCAAUCGCGACGUUAAACUUUCAGUGCUUUCACUUGGACACUUUAUUUCUAUGACCAAUUUGAAACUGAAAAGAUGUUAUAGAUAAACGGCUUGUAAAUUCAGUGAAAUGCCUCUAUUUAUCUUUACGAUUAGUGUGAGGCUUGUUUACAUGCAAAACAGUUUGAAAACAGAUGUAAAAACAAGCACAAGAUACCAAAAAAGCUGUCGAAGGUUCAAACGUGUACGACUGACCUUGCUUCCUAUUCGCUAACGCACUGACAGUUCUAACAGUUGACUUUAAUGAAAUGGCUUUCUGGAGCGCGCGCUCAGGAUAAAAACAAACAAUAUUAUUGCUGUUUUCUUUUUUUUUUUUUGAUUUUUAUUCAAUUUAUAUGCGAUUCAAGGAAAAUCCAUUACCUGACUCGUGAAUUCCACGUUAUAUUGCACUUGAAAACUGAUAUCGCACGAAUCGAUAUCGGUUUUCGCGUGCAAUUUAACGUGGAAUUUCCUCGUCAGGUAAUGAAUUUUCCUGUAAAAUAACAUUGUUUAUCUUCCAGAUUAUCGUUAUUAAGAUAAGAAUUCAUAGCCAAACCAGAAGUAGAACCCUUUAUAAAUUGAUUCAGUGGGGAAUAUUUUACCCCGCUUUCUUCCCGUGUGCGUGCUAGCGAAGUUUUGAGACAGCCUCAUUUUGCCUCAAAUUUUGGUUUUUUUCAAGUCGUUGACGACGAAAAUUGAUUUUGUCGAUUUUCUCCAAAUGCAAGCGGCCUUUUAAAAAUCAAAUUACACCACGUUUAGUUAUUUAGUAAGACCUAUUUAUGGACAAGAUAUGAGCGAAAAUAAUUUUUGACCGUGGCCGCGAAAUUUCGAAUUUGCUCGAUUUUUCCAGACGUUUGCUCUUAAGUGACUUGGUUCUUUGAAGCUAAAAAACCAAAAGUGCAAACCUCGUUAAUGACAAACAAAGGACAACUCCCUUAUUAAUAAAUGAUAGAACAAGACAAAUAGAGGGAAAGGUUUACCAACGAAAUUGAGCCGCAAAACCCUGACUAGCUAAUUAAUUACUAAAAAUGUCGAAAUGUUCACUUUUAAGCCGAACAAAAGGAUAAGCAUCUUCGAAAGGACGUCAAGUUCAGAGACAAGAUGACCCACUCAAAAACCUCAUUCCUUCACACAUGAAAGGAGAAAUUCUUAACUUAGUCAGAACAUUCCUAAAGAGUCAUAAAACGCACAAAGAAUGACCUGAAAAUACAUGGUGGUGCAGAUGGGGGUUGUCCUUGGUCAAUAACCAACUAAGAAAUGAUGCAUAUGAUCUGAUUUCGUGCAUGGUUCAAGAAGGCACACUUUUAAUCUUUAAUCUUUUAGAUAAAGUUUUCAUUAGCAAAUGUUAUUUAUCAAAAUGUUCCAGAACUUAGAAAGCUUCCUACAACGACAUAUAUCAGUAUGUAUGUCGAAUUUAUAAUCAGAUACAAUUGUCAGAAAUCAGUCAUGCUUCACCUUUUCAUAUUUUAAUUAUUGUUUAUUGGCGUUAUCUUUUACUUUCUCCGCAUAGGAGUUAUCAAUAUGUCAAUUUCUGUUGAUUUAUGACAAAAUCUUAGCCAGGCCCUUACACACUGCCUUCUGCUAAUGUAGCAUUUUCUCAUUAUUGCCUUAAAUCUUUGAAUAAUGUCAGAAAUUGCUUUAAUAGUUUACACCAAAUUUGUUCAUUUUUGCACACCGGGCCAGUUUACCAGGCUUUUAACCAGAAUUUUGCUGCAUGAGAAUAUGCAUUACAUUGACUGCAUUAAUUGACUGCAUUAGCCUGCGAGAGCAUCCGGUUUUUUCGGCUCCAGUUACUAGUUACACCCGCCGAGAACCGGAAAUACGUCUGCAGUUCGCAAGCUAAGACUGAUGGGCAGUGAAUUAACUAGCCUGCGUGGCAGGCGUUUGAAAGGAAAGGGAAAGGGGGUUUUGGGCGCGAGGGAAACGCGAGGGGCUCGCGUUUCUCUCGCACCUAAAACUCCCUUUCCCUUCCCUUUCAAACGCCUGCCACGCAGGCUAUGAAUUAACAACUUCAGGCAAGCCCAAUUUUAAUUGGUCAGGAAACUGUGGUUCCCGUUUGGGGAUUCCCCAGAGCUUCCGUCACCCAUUCCGCUGGAAAAGGGUAACGCAGGCUCUCGGACGGAACUGAUUUGAUUGUGAAUGAAUGUUUCUUCUUGUUAGGUGCAGUUGGAAACGUCCAGCAAAAUAUAACAAGUAAGCCAUUGAUAAUUAUGAAUUAGUCAUUGUCCAAGGAAUAUUAGAUUCUUAGGCUUUGUUCUUACGAAACCGCAUAGCUUAAUCAUAACGGAUAGGACUUCUGUCCAAACAUAAAGAACGGCCGCGCUGUGCCGAUUUCGAGAGCAGAAAGUCACAUAUCCGACAGCUUUUGAUGUGUCGCGCUUAAGUGUAGUGUGAACAGGUUUUCGGACGGUAGCGGAAGUGAAUAAGUAGGAAGGAGGACUGGAACCCAAUGACACGGAAGAGAAUUUAACCUUCUCGGCCAACCGUUCGAUGGGUCUGAACGACUUGUUCCAGUUCUGUGCUGUUGCUGUUCGUACUAUACUAUAUAUAUAGGGACCUUCCCUUGUUAAGGGAAAAACGGAGGCAAAAUGUUUUAGACAAUUCUACAAGCGUUUUUUUGUUAUAUAGUAUGCCUUGACUUGACAUUCGAGGUAAAUUUGAGGAAUAUAGUUUAGGUGCAGGCAUGAAGCCUGCAUGAUCUCACCAAUCUUGUCUUGUUUCUAUCAGAUCCUGAAUGUAAGGAUGAUGAGAACUACGAGGCGUACUGUAAAGAGUACAGACUGAAUGACUUUUGCAACUCGUACCCAUAUGGAAUGCACAGGCACUGCGCCCUCACUUGUGGAUUUUGCAGUUAGUAGUUUAUUUCACAUAGAUACAGCGAUGCUGAAGGCUGCUGUUUGUUUUGGGUUUAAAACCUUUCAAUGAAUUGUUGUCGCCCUGAUAUGCAACGAGAAACAUCCGUCGAGCAAGGGGAUUCUGUUGUGGGCCGAUAAUGUAAUUUUUGUUAGUUUUUUUUCCCUUUUUUAUUUCUGGGUCUUAAAAAGUGGCAAGAACAGCGAGAAGCAUACUAGAAAUACGUGUAUCGCAGGACCUCGCGCCUGUUGUUAUCGCUAUGUUAGUUCUUCCGUCCCGACUGACUACGCUGAGGCUUCAAGAAUGCGCGGUGUAGUGCGUAAUGAAAUAGUGGCACAAGUAUCUUUUUGAUAAUGAUGUGAACUGCGGUAUAAAUACAAAUUGAAAUGAAGAUAUGAUCGUCGCAGUUGUUAUGGCGGGGCUAUCUCGCGCGCGAAGCGUGAGCAGCGGGGCACCAUGGGUAAGAAAAUUGGGUGACCUAUGCAUCCGAGAAAUUUUGGUAGUCACGUGACCGUACGCCCACUCGACCGUCCGUCCGCACCACAGACAUACCAAUGUAAAAUAACUCAUUCAUCUGAUACAGGCAUGGCAACUUGAGGUUAUUUUGGCGGGAAAUUGCAUAGCCAGCCGCGUCUUGCGAAACAGAGACAAUUUAAGAGUCAAUAAAACGAAAACGGAAAGCGGAAAUUGUUUCUGUAUCCUUGUUGUCUAAAGUGUUAAGCUUACAUUAAUUGUCGUGUCCACAAAUUUGGAAUACAGAGGAAGAGAGAGACAGAGAAACGACUAGCCAGCGAAGCUCAACGAGAAAAAGAGCGACAAACAGCUAGAGCGAGAGAUAGAAGACAAAGGAGACAUUUUUUGUUGGAAGCACAACAUGAAGAAGCAGUGGGAGAAAAACAAAGAAAUGCUAGCCGCCACCAAGGUGAAAAUGAGCGGCCGUGAAAAAAAGGAACAAGAACACGUACGAUAUUUCCUCCAUAAAACGAGUAACCAGGAAGUUUCACGUUUCAACAAGGGCAAAGAAUGUACAAAAAAGUGUGCUGCACGUGCAAAAUUGCUUUUUGCUAAUUAGAACUCAACUAUUGUUGUUUUUUCACCGUUCUCAUUUCCUUCGUCGCUUAGCAUUACACGAUUAUUUAUCUUGUUUGAGAAAACUGUAAAUAUCAUCGAGAGCUUCGCUUUUAGCCCUGGCUACAUCUAUAUAUUGGCAAUUUAAGCAAUGAGAUUCGAAUCCCUGGCCUCUGCCUUUAUGCGACGCAGUGCUCUAUCAACCAUAUGAUCGUCGCAGUAUCCAUCGCAAUUUAAGUAAUUAUAUUUCCGCAGUUGAAAUUAUCGGCGUUUUCUUUCCAUGCUGUUGGUAGGGCGUGAAGCGAGUUAGUAACUAUGCAAAAUUAACUGGUUUGCAUUUUUGUUUUUCUAGAAUGUAAGGCCAAGAUAGAUAUCGGGUUUUUGGUGGACAGCUCGGCAAGUAUCGAGAAAGCUGGAAAAGGAAACUACAAAAAGUGCCUGGACUUCAUACAAAAUGCGAUCAAUGGUUCAUUCAUAUCCGAGGAAUUCACUCACGUUGGACUUGUGUUGUACUCAGCAAGGGUUUGUAUAGACAUUGUGGCCAAUUCAUUCCUUUUUUUAUAAAUCAAAGUGUGUAAAUGGUUAGACAACCCAACAGAUUGUGCUAGAUUGCGCCUUAACUUUUGCCAAUAUAUUUUUUUAAAAGUAUUUUUGCGAAUAAAUAUAUAGAAUAGAUAUAGUAAGGAAUAAAUAUAUAGUAAGGGACGUAGAUGCUGAUUUUCCAUGCUAAGUACCGUCCUGCUCCCCUCCUCGAUCGGCUUCAAGUAGCCACCUCCUCCGCUUCUGUAAAGAAUAUUAGAGUUGUUCUCGACUCGACGCUUUCACUUGACAAGCACGUUAAGUCUCCAGAUAGCUAAAAUCCUUGUUCACGCAUUUGUUACCUCAAAGUUUGAUAAUUGCAACUCUUUGCUUUAUGGUCUCCCCAAGAACUUAUUACAGCGUUAACCUGAGAUCAGACCCAAUUUUAGCAGUUCUCAUACAUUCUCUCUAACGGUUACUGCUAAAAUUGGGCCAGAUACAAACUCUCUCACGUUUGUGCUCGUUACGGCCAGAUUUUGGCCGUAACGCUGAUUGGCGGUUAGAACAAUGCCGCAAGAUCUGAUUGGCUGUCGGAAACGCCGAAAGUUGAAAGCCGUUAUUCCUCGCGCGGUUGUUUUCGUGAAUGAUCCGCCGUCGGCGGAGAGAAGGAUCGAUUUUGCUGUCUUUUUUAUUGUUUUAUGGUCUUAUGGUAGGAAAAUAUGCCUUAAUAUGUGCCAUGGAAAUUCACAAAAUUCAUAUGGUUAAUGUUCAUAUCUUCUCAGGAUUUGCUUUAGUUACGGAACUAAUGUGAGUGUGUCGCGGAGUUGAAUCCCUCUGCAAGUUGUUGACCGCUAACAAGGUGCCCUUUGAUUUACCAACAAACGAGUGCAAAUCAAAAUACUGUCCAUCUUAAAACUGGUUUCAUUUGAAUGUUUGGCCGGGAAUGACCUCUCUGAACGGGGUACGCAAGCGGAGGCUCACAGCGAAAAAAACUUCAAUCGCCAACUGUGAAGUAUUAGACGAAAAAUAUCGCAUCGCUGUUCAAGGAAAUUUAAAUUUGGUGGCGCUAGUCUUAAGGUAACAGACUUGUUGUUUGCCUUCGCUUUUUGUAAGAAAUAAACCAGGAAAACUGGUGUUUUCGCUCGUUGGCUAUUUGUUGUUUCGGCGUUUAUUUCGAUUAAUAAAUUUAGCGAGCUUUGUAGACCUGCAGUAAAACAACAACACAACUAAGGAGAACUACAAAGUGUGUUUGUAGUAUUGUUUUUCGUUUUGUUUAUAGGUCAGUUGAGCAUCCAGUUAGUAGCAGAUAAUAUUUACCUUGAUUUUUAAAAAAUAUAUAUAUAUAUAUUUUUUGGACGUUUGUAUCCGCAAAUAUUAGAAAGUUUUAGAUCCGAGUUUACCGCGAACCUCUAACCGCUGGAGGUCAAGUGACAAGUCUUUCGCGUCACGUUUGAGGUUUACGACGUGCGUUUUCAACGUGGGAAGGUAGGUUUUCACGUAGGUCAUUUACCUGAAAGCUUUUAGCGCAUAAUUCUUGUUUUAUCUCACGUAAUGAUACAAAAAUCUUGUGGAGCAAGUCUUUAUCCAUUAACAGAGGCACAAAUUUGGGCGAAAUGCUAAAUUUGAUAAAUCCUAUUGGAUCUGAAAAACAAGUGCCAUUCAUGGCUGCUGAUUCAAAAUGGCGGCCGUAAAUUUGCAAGAAGAACUCAGAUGUAAGAAUUUACAGUUCUUUGCUGCUAGAUAACCCAUUGUUACCGUAAAUUUCUUUUAUUUUCACUGAUAGAUAUUUCUUCUAUUUCUAAAUGAAAAAAUAAACCAGAAUCCACUUCUUUAAUCCACCGCCAAACUAAAUCGAAUUAUGUUUGAACGUCGAAGUGCAAACGGGUAAGCGAAAACCGCGGUUAGAGGUUCGCGGUAAACUCCGAUCUAAAACUCUCUAUUAUUGCAAGUGUACGCACAGGACUAAAUCAGCUGCAUUAAUACACUUGAGAACUCGUUUGGUUUGUUCUGAAAUAAUUUAUAUAUCCUUUGAAAAAGUUCGCGCUAUAUUUCUAUAAGAUUUUUAAAGAUUUAUGUACUGGAAAUCGGGGAAAAUUGCGGAGGAAAAUAUUAAGGCAACCGAAAAAUAGAAAUUUCAGUAUUUUAAAUUCGAGCGCGCCUAGCCAAAAUAAUAAAAGUAGUAGAACAUCGUAUCGCCGUCUUUUCGAAAACUUUUUACCUUCUACCCCAACAGAAAUAACCUUCGAGAUCUCCUUUAACCUCGCAAGAAGUUAAAUGUGAUUGUGCUGACUGUUUUAUUUUUAGCUGAAAAAAUUAACAUACAAAGUUACUUUUUAAGUCAGCCAGUCUGCAUUUUUCCCAAGCAUGAAAAAUUUGUAUACUAGAAAAACAAGCAACGGAAGUAAUUUUGGUUGGCUGAUUCGGCAAAUGUCAAUCAAUCCAAAACGUGGGCGGCAGACGUUUCGUAGAAGGUUUGUAUCAGGCUCUGUUUUCGUUUCGCCUUGCCCCCCGGAAUGUUAUUACAAAGCGAAACGAAAAUUGAGCCUGAUCUCAGGUAAUUACAGCGUCUGCAAUAUGUUUUGAAUUCUGCAUUGCUAGGCUUGUCACCAUGUCAAGAAAAUCAGAUCACGCUACGCCACUGAUUUUUCAGUAACAUUGGCUGCCUGUUGAGCAGCGUGUUGAAUUUAAAGUGCUCGUUUUUACAUAUAAGGCGAUGCAAGGCUUGGCUCCUCAGUUAAAACUACCCAACUCUCUAUUGCGUAGUUUGCGAUCUGCUUCGAAACUGUUGCUUUAAUUCGCCGUCAUUUAAUAUUAGAACUUACGGAUAUAGAUCCUUUUGGGUUUGCGCACCAAGACUUAGACUUUUAAAGAGUCCUUUUUUUCCUGGUUGGUUAUACCAUAGACUAUGGUUAUACGCGAAGACUUCGUCGCUCGCUCGGUCUUUGCGCGAUCUCAUGCAUUGAAGCUCGCUUCGCUAACUUCGAAGGGUUUAUGAGAGGUCGACCUGUAGCACGUCUAACCAAGACCUUGGAAUUCGCUGCUUUUUUACAUAAAAUAAAGCUCUUCUGUUGACAUUUUUAAGAAAAGAGUAAAGACAUAUAUUUUAAGAAAGCUUUGAAUUGAAUCAUUUAUUUACUUUAGUGACUGUGGACUUUUGCGAUCAUUAUUUUUAGAUGGUGUUUACUUUUUUAGAUUUUAAGUGGUUUGUAAAGCGCAAUCCAUUUGGAUGCCUACAGAAAAGGCGCUUUAUAAAUUGUUGAUAAUAAUAAUAAUAAUAAUAAUAAUAAUAAUAAUUAUUAUUAUUAUUAUUCAGACAAAAGGGAGCACGUGCGUACUUGAAGAAAAAUGCCCAACAUAUGCAAACAACAACAAAAUAGAAACCCACAACAAAGAAAUAUUAGACAGAAAAGAAAUAAGCAAUUGCUCAAUGAAUGUACAAACACCCAUGCAACUCUAAUUCAAAGGAUGUCAAAUUGUCUUUCAAAACAAAAGCUUUGCCACACUUUGCCGCACACAUGAAGGUCUUAAGUCGUACUACCCGGUGAAUGCAGAACACGGUCCUAGACGACCAAAGAAAUCAACUUCUCACCACACUUAUGACACUCGUAAAAUGAUCCUUCAUUAAGCUAAUAAAAGACACAAUCUUGACUUACAAUUUAACCAUCGUUUGAUAAAGCGCUACCCUGUUUCCCAGCACUUUGGCCUUGAUCUUCACACAAUAUACGGACACUUUUGGCUGAAGUCGGUUGAAAAUUGUCAGUAAAGUCUUUCGUAAACCGCAUCACAAACACCUAAAUCAUGAAGACAACUAGAAUUGUUUACUGACAGUACAAAUUUCUUCAGGGUUUGAGGCGGUUACCCUCUUUUAAAAAAUAACUAAGAUAGUGCGCGCGUUCUGAUUGGUUAAAAACCUGUGGUUCAUUGUGCUGGUAAACUCUGUUUUACUCAAAGUUAUUUUAUAAAAGCAAUAGAUCACACUUUCUAUGGGUUUACCGGUGUGAUAACCCACUUAGGAUGCUGGGAGAACACUCGAAAAGCUUGUAAAUCACUCGCCUUCGGCUUGUGAUUUACAAGCUUUUCUCGUGUUCUCCCAACAUCCCGCGUGGGUUAUCAUGCCGGUAAACCCAUAGAAAGUGUGGUCUAUUGCUCAAAUAAAUUCUUUUCUAAACCAAUUGUUUUUCUCCAGGUCGAAACAGUCUAUGACUUCAAAAAGUUCUAUGAGCCAGAGGCAAUGAUGAAUGCAACAGCAGAGGCAAAGUAUUUAAGGGGAAGCACAAAAACUGGAAAAGCUUUAAAAUACACCAAGACCGAGCUGUUUGACAAGUCAAGUCGCAAGGGCGUCCCAAAAGUGCUUAUUGUGCUAACAGAUGGUAAAAAUGCUCAUUUAAUAGUGCACAUUUACAGGAGCCCAUCAAAUGGAUCCAUUUGAUGGGCUCUUGACUGAGCUAUAGAGCGUUUUGUACAUGACGUCAAGUCCGCCAUAUUGGUGUUCAAAAACCAACCUUGCGUCCCUAACGCCAUAUCGGAAAAAGGGAAGACCCUAGGCCACUUUGCCAUUACCUAUUAAAAUAAUACACCUUUUCUGCACCACCCCUAAUUUUGCAAGUCAAAUUAAAUCAAAUUCAAUUAGUUUAAAUUAGCAACUACCAAUGCAACAAUUAAGUCCUUUUUCAAUACGCGUCCAUCCUGAAUAUGUUUGGUCUUAACACAGCUCCCAUGUCCAAAAUAUUCCCUAUCUGGUUGUUUAAUUCCUGUUUUUGUUUUCAUGUUUUUCAGGCAAGUCAAAAGACGCCGUUAAAGGUCCAGCUGACCAGCUUAAGGCCGCAAACAUCACAGUUUUUGCAAUAGGCGUUGGGCGGAAAUAUGACAUUGCCCAGUUGAUAGAUAUUGCCAGUAAACCUGACAGAAAGUACGCAUUAACAGCAGACUUUAACAACCUUAAGGAUCUAUACACCAGCAUCAGAGAUGACGCAUGCAGAGGUAUUUCAGCGUGCAACUGUUGACCGUGAUUGCAUUUAAAGGGGUUAUGUCAAGCUAUUUUUCAUCUUUUCGGUUUAAAAAUGUAAAACGCGUUCUCGCAUCAAAUGAAUUACAAAAUGAUGGUCCAGUUUUUUAUUCAAGACUACAGUUAGGUAGUGAAAAUGUUCCCUAUCAUUUUUCUGCAACGAAUGGCAAAGAUGCAAAUGGAUUGAAACUUGAGAAAGUCGGUCCAGCUUUUCAAGUUUUAAUGCUUGGCCUGCAAAAAUCACCCCCGAAAAAUAUUAUGGUUAAUACUCCCCGAUGAAAUUUGUUUGAUGUAUUCUUCACGUCUCUAUAGAACAUUGGUAAGGGCUCUAAGUAUGGCCUUCAGCAGAGAAUGGAGGUUUAAACAAUAAUAUCCACGUGGCAUAGCCCCCCUUGAAGCAUUUAAAAUUGUACUCUUUUAGCCUAUGUCGAAUAAUUCAAAAGGCACAGAUAGGAAAUCAUACACAAUAUAUCGUGAUGUCGUGUUCGUAAACGUGGUAAUAUUUCCCUGUUUAAAUACCCUGUUUCAGAAAAAAAAAAAGACCACUUCCGUGUGUUUAGUUCACCAUCGAGCGACAGAGUUGGUUGGUCAUCAAUCAGUAGGGUCGAAGACGAGAAACAAAAGAAAAAAAAAAUGAAGGAAUGGGUUAGUCGGUAGGGUCGUACAGAAAAGAAAAUUAUAUGAAAGAUAUGAAUAUCGGAGGGAUCAAGGUACUUCACGGCAAUUCCUCCAAAAAGUAAUAUAUUUUUUUUUCUUUUUACAAGAGAAUUUAUUGUUGGGCGUGGCCCCAUAUCAAUCACUUUUAAAUACUCCACUACCACAGUUACGGUCGUCGACAAUUUAAAAUUUGUUUUUAAUAGAAUCUCAGUCUUUCUAAACAUUCAUUAAUGUACAUACUAUUUUUUAUCAGUGAAUUCGACUCUAAAAGCCUCUGACAUACCGGCAAACCAUCUGCCAUACCGCAACGUUUCCACAAGUCCAACAGUAUUCGGAGCUCAAGGUAGCAACGAAAUGACACAACAAGUUACUGUCCUAAAGGCUAGGACUCAUGUAGAACGUAUUCCCCAGAGUCAGCCGGAAUAGAAGAACGAUAAAGAAGAAGAAAAAUAAAUAUUGGGAUAAAACUGUACCAAUAAAAUAAAUUUAUGGCUUAAUAAAGACGACUAACGCAGUAUGAAUGAACUGUCAUUUACUCCAGUCUCUUAGAGAAAAGGAAUUCCCUAGC